AUGUCAUGGGAACAUCUCGACGGCAAAGGCCCCCGAUGGGUCGGCGACGACCUACCCAACCUCCCUCCCAAACUGCAAUACGCGCAAGACCUCCCCCCCAAAAUCACCGCGAAAUACGUCUUCUUCUUCGGCUUCGAUCGUCCCGAAGCAGAAUGUUGCCUGCAACAAUGGUAUCCUUCCCCCUUCACGGAUCCCGCCGGAAACAAAUUUCACACCUCGGAGCAGUAUAUGAUGUACCAUAAAGCUCUGCUCAUGGGGGAUGAGAAGGUCGCUGGACGGAUUCUGGAAGCAGAGACCCCGGCCAAGGCGAAGAAGUUGGGGAGGGAGGUGACGGGGUUUGAUCAGGCGGUUUGGGACCGGAAUAUGGAUCAGGUGGUGGAAGAGGGGAAUUUUUGGAAGUUUCGUCACAAUGAGAAGCUGGGGAAGGUUUUGCUUGGGACGGGGGAUCGGAAGAUAGUAGAGACGAGCCCUAAUGAUCGGCUUUGGGGCAUUGGGUUCAAUACGGAAGAGGCGGAGGGGAGGGAGAGUGAGUGGGGCGAGAAUAAGCUGGGCGAAGCGCUGGAGAGGGUUCGAGAGAGAUUGAGGAAAUAA